AUGGACGGGAGCUUCCAAGCACCCCAUGGCGCCUCGGUGGGCCUCUCUGGAGGGCUCCCUCCCCUGCCAGGGGCUCCCCCGCCAGUUGGAGGUCUCCCAGCAGGAGCCUUUCCAGGGGCCGCCAAUGCUGGGGGAUCCCUCCCUCCUCUGCUUCCCGGGUUGCCCUACGCACCUCAGGCUCUCUUAGCUGGCCCAGGGGGGCCAGGGCUACCACCGUCGGUGUUGACUCCACCGCCUGCAAUAGGCCCUGGAUCUGCGGGAGGGGAAGACGGUGGAGCUCCAUCUGGUGGGCCUCCAUCGUGGACUUUAGAGGGUCGGGGCCGUGCCGAGGGCGCCCCGCGGCAAAGCUCAACCGGCGGCCGCAACUUGUACAUCCACAACGUUUCGAAGGAGGCACGAGAAGCAGACGUGAGGGCGUUUUUUUCGCAGUGCGGCGAGGUCGAAAGUGUUGCCCUGAGGGUCAACCAGCGAGUGGGGCCUAACGCUGUCUACGCGUUCGUUCUCUACAAAAACGCAGAGGACGCCAGACGAUGUUUCGAAACUCUAAACGGAAAAACGUUUAUGGGCCGCUGUGUCCGCGUAGAGUACCAACGAGGACGCACCGGGGGCCGCAACGGCGGGACAGAUGAUGCGGGGUCAGAGGCGGGCAGUGAAGUGCAUGGCGCUGCUGCUGCGGGAAGCAGCAGCAACAGCAGCAGAAGGCCAAACAGGGGCAAGCAACACACAGAAAGGGGUGGCAACCGCAGUGACAGGGACUGGGACCGACGGGGAAGACAACCCAUUAGGCCGAUGGACGACGAGCGGCGGGAUGGAGAUGCGCGGAUGAGGGACUGGGGCCACGACGAGGAGGCGAUGUAUCGCAGAGAUGGUCACAACGGUCUUAUGCUUCCAUUACAGCCACAGCCGCCACCGCAACAGCAACAGCCGCCCACGGAUCAACCGCAACAACAGCUGGAAGUGCCGGCAGCUCGCGAACCGCUUUUGCUAUUUCCUUUACUGCAGCAGCACCGUGCCCGCCACGGCUUCCCGUUUCUUAAGGAUUUCUCCUCGUCUCCACCUACUAUUCCUGCAGCGACGUCGGGGCUCCCAGCGGCCCCGCCAGGGACUGGGGCCCCGGCGGGCCCCUGCGGCGCUGGUGCUCAGUGGAGGUGGACUUUGGGCCGCAAUGACCGCAAGAAAGUUGCCGUCACGGCCCUUUGCUUGCAAGGGGAGGUUCCAUUGGAGAUGCAGCAGCUGCAGAGUAUGUUGAACGUCAGCCACCGCAGCAAGUGCGAGGAGUUGGCACUUAAACCUAUGGAUGCGGCUGUGUUGCUGGAGCCGGCCUCACCCGAGAACGAAGCUUCCUUCAAUGAGUAUCUGUCAUAUUUUAGGUCUAAAGAGCGGGCUGGCGUUGCAUGUUUGCCCGGUGGCGUGUUUUUGUAUUUCGUUCCGCCUGGUUUCCAAGCCUUCGACAAGUACAGAUAUCUCUUCCCGCAGCACCUGAGGAACAGCAACUCCGUGAUGGUUGGGCUUCUUGGCCCCUCUCCCCACUCGGGAUCUGCUACAGCGACGUCGCAUCCUGCACCCGAACAGCAGCAGCAGCCACAGCAGCAGUGGCAGCAGCAGUUACCGGCAUCAGGACCGCAACAAGCGUGGCCGCAGCAGCAACCUUGGCAACAGCAACAGCAACAGCAACAGCAACAGCAGAAGCAGCAGUCGUCGUGGCAGCAACCUCAGCUCCAGCAAGGCUGGUCGCAGCAGCAGCAGCCACCUUCACAAGUUAAACAGCAGUUUGGAGUGAAUCAGUCGUGGCAGCCGCAGCAGCCACAGCAGCCGCAGCAGCAGCCGCAGCAGCAGCAGUGGUCACCGGAUUCUCUGCAGCAACAGCAAGUACCACCGAUGCAGCAGCAACAGCAAGUACCUCCAGUGCAACAGCAACAACAGCCAUGGCAACAGCAACAGCACCAGCCACAGUCGUGGCAUCAACAGCAGCAGCAGCAGCAGCAAAGCGGCAAUUCGCAGAGCGGCUUGCCGGAACAGCAGCAGCAGCAACAGGAGGGACCAGCAGGAGGCAUUAGCUGGAUGCAGCAGCUUAGCAACAUGGCCGCCUUCUUAGGCGCCAAAAAGUGA